UCACCAUCAAUGCCUGCCUCCACGGCUUGACCCGAGGCUCCGUCUAAGGACGUACCAGCAACUGGCCACCUGACUUAGCAACUCGCAGAAUUACACGAAGAUACGACCACGCAGUGCCUUCCACCAUGUUGCUCCGCUACGCCACCAUUGCUGCCGAAAUGUCGAGGACAGCCAUCAUUGCCGCUUCGAUUAAAGAGCCGGCGUUCUUAGUGCCCACUGAUUUUGUCUCAGUUAUGGCGCCUGCCGCCCGUGUGGCUUCACUGUAUCAGCAGCAGCUCGGCAUUUCGUGUCUCCUCUUCCUAGAGCGAGUAGCAUUCCCCCUCAACCGUGCUGCCUGCCUUUUCCAAGCGCUCACCGCCUGCUGCCCGCUUCUAUUCAAGCGAGAGCUGAUGCGCAUUGCGACUAUGGCAGUCAGUGCGAGUUGGCUAUUCUGGAGCUGCACCACCAUGCGCAGGCUCAAGAGGAAGCUCGAGUUCGAAUUCUUCACCAUCAUGCUCAGCUCUGGGAAUCACGUCUGUGUCUUCAUCUUCUGGCCAGGAUGGUGGCUCAUGGCUUUCCUUACACUGAUAAUACGGCUGUGCGUCGGAUGAGUCUGGCGAGGACUCGCAGCAUAUACUGAUGUCUGGAGGAGCACUCCGAUAUCCAUCAGGAAUGUUUCCGCGCGUCUUCGUUAUCUCCAACAACAAUUGCUGGUGCCAGAUCGUUAGUCCGAGAUAUGGAGAACGCAAUGAUACUCAGAAAGCCACGGCCAUUUAGAAUCACGAGUGCGGAAGCACAGCGCCGAUGCCAGAGGAGAGAAGGUUCAUGAAUAGAAGAAGGUGUUUCCGCCGAGGUCGCGCCUGAUCUCCUGCCGAUAGUCCUUCUCUGGAUCGAAUUCGCGC